AUGUGCCUCUCGGUGCGGGAUCACUGGUGCGGUGCUGAGACACGGGACGCUCACUGCGAGGAAAGGGGCAUGCACUGGAAGCCAUCUCUAGGUGCUGAUUUCAAGCAUGAGAAUCUGGCCAGGCUAACCAUCUACGGCUUCCAAUCCGCCUACCGCUUCAUUAGAUACGUCAAGCGUGUCAUAAGUGUUGCGGUGAACAUUAAGGAGAUAUCUCUGCACGACACGAAAGUGUGCGACUUCUGCACUGAAGAAUUCGGCCUCAAGAGGGACGAUUGUUUGUCAAAAUAUACAAGGACGAGCAGGAAGAAGGAUCUGCUGAGGGAGAGGAUUAAAGAGGGGCUUGUUAUGACUUCUCCUGCUGCGAUUCACUUUAAUUAG